ACACAGAUAAUACGUACAAGAAUAAGUAAAGAUGGUCAGAGCAUUGAAACAUCAUGAACAGAAGUUGUUAAAGAAGGUCGACUUCCUUGAUUGGAAACAAGAUCAAGGACACCGAGAUACCCAAGUGAUGAGAACAUACCAUAUCCAAAACCGAGAAGAUUAUCACAAAUACAACAGAAUAUGUGGUGAAAUCCGAAAAUUAGCCCACAAAUUGUCAUUAUUACAACCAACAGAUCCAUUCAGAAUAAAGCAUGAACAGUUAUUAUUGGAGAAAUUAUAUAAUAUGGGAAUAUUAGCAACCAAGGCGAAAAUCUCUGAUUUGGAAAACAAAGUCACUGUGAGUGCCAUAUGUAGAAGAAGAAUCGGGGUUGUUAUGUGCAGAUUGAAGAUGGCCGAGACUAUGAGUGAUGCAGUGAUGUUUGUCGAACAAGGGCAUGUCAGAGUUGGUCCAAAUAUCAUUACUGACCCUGCUUACUUGGUGACUAGAAACUUGGAAGACUAUUUGACCUGGGUUGACACUUCCAAGAUUAAGAGAAAUGUUCUCAAGUAUAGAAAUAAGAUUGAUGAUUUCGACUUGUCUUAGAGUGACAGUGUAUAUUAUUUAUAGAAGUUAAUAAAACGAACUAAUCU